UCAAGUACCAGUGAAAGUCGUCUGCUUUUUGCCGAGGUCAAAAUAAAGAGAUGUCGGAAGAUUGAAACUUCAUCAGUUUGAAAAUCACUAAAGCACACCAUGGCCGAGAACCGCUACGCCAUCGACUAUGCUCGUUUGGGGACAUCUAAGUGUAAGAAAUGCAAACAGGGUAUCACUAAGAAGGACCCCCGCAUCGCUAAGCUGGUUGCCAAUCCAUUUUCUGAGGAUGGAGGAGACAUGAAACAGUACCACCACGUCAAGUGUAUGUUUGAGGCGCUACAGCGGGCGCGGCCGUCGACGAAGAAGAUAGAGGAGCCCGACGAUCUUGAAGGGUUUGACGUGAUGGAAGACGAGGAAAAGAAAUUGGUCAAGGAAUUGAUCGCAGACCUGGCAACCAAGACGCAAAACAAAGCCAAAACUCCAGCCAAGAAGAAGACAGUUCAGAGUACUCUCUCCCCAGCUGGGAAGGUCACCACACCCUCCAAAAGCCCCACUGCUACUGCUCCUUCAGCCAGCACUUCAGCGACAUCAUCUAAGAGCUCGGCAGACUUGACCGACACAGACACAAGUCAUCCAGACAACUCAUUCAGGGAGUUCCGAAAACUCUGCGCCCGAAUCUCUGAUCAAUCGGCUUACCUUUCCAAAACCAGGGAGGUUGCGACGUUCAUCAAAAAAGGAUCAUCUGGUGAUGGAUUCAAAGGAGACACAUAUCUGCUGCUGAAGCUGCUGUUGCCGGGUGUGGUCAAAAGAGUUUACAACAUCAACAGUAAACAACUCGUUAAGGUCUUCAGCCAGGUCUUUGGGACUAAUUUGGAGGAGAUGGUGGAAGACCUGGACCAAGGAGACGUCGCUGAAACAGUUCAGAAGUUCUUUGAUCAAAGUGAGGAAUGCCCUCCAGCCAAGAAGAGCAGACUUUCAAUUCAUGAGGUUGAUGAUUUCCUGGAGCGAAUGGCCAAGUUGACUAAAGAGACUGAGCAAUGCGUUCAUCUGACGAAAAUAGCUAAACGCUGCACUGGCAAUGACUUGAAGAUGGUUGUACGCCUCAUAAAACAUGAUUUACGUAUCAACUCUGGUGCAAAACACAUACUAGAAGCCCUAGAUCCCAACGCCUACGAAGCAUUUCAAGCCUCACGUGAUCUUCGGGAUGUUGUCGAUCGCGUCAACAAGAACAAGGAGGCGUCCAAUGGGCGUCCCGGGAUGACCAAGAAGCUUAGCGUCAGGGCUUCACUGAUGACACCAGUGCUCCCUAUGUUGGCUGAGGCUUGCAAGUCAGUUGAGAUGGCCAUGAGCAAGUGUCCCAACGGUAUGUUUGCUGAGAUCAAGUACGACGGUGAACGGGUACAGAUACACAAACAAGGUGACACCUUCCAGUACUUCAGUCGCAGUCUGAAGCCGGUCUUACCUCACAAAGUCACCCAUAUCAAGGAUUACCUGCCCAAAGCUUGCCCUCAGGGAAACAGUAUCAUAUUAGACAGUGAGAUUCUGAUGGUUGAUAAGACUGGUAAGAUCUUGCCGUUUGGAUCCCUCGGCAAACACAAGAGGAAUGCCUUCAGCGAUGCCAACGUGUGUCUCUUCGUUUUUGACUGUCUUCACUUCAACGGGGAAGACCUCAUGGACAAGCCUAUGAAGGAGAGGAGAAAAAUCAUGGAGCAGAACUUGACCCCGAUCAAGAACCGAAUAAUGUUCUCCGAGUCCAAAGAUGUCUCGAAAGCAAGUGAGUUAUCGAGUUUAAUAAUGAGCGUCAUCCGAGAGGGUUUGGAGGGCCUCGUUCUCAAAGACAAGAUGAGUGUUUAUGAGCCAGGCAAGAGACAUUGGCUGAAGGUGAAGAAGGAUUACCUAGCAGAAGGUGCAAUGGCAGACACAGCUGAUCUUAUUGUCUUAGGGGGAUACUUCGGCACAGGCAGCAAAGGGGGCAUCAUGUCGACAUUCCUCCUGGGCGUCCACGACCCGGCUACGGACAAAUUCCUGACGGUCACAAAAUGCACUGGUCUGGACGAUCAGACAAUGAAUCAAGUCAAUCGUGACCUGGACGUCAAUAAGAUCAGCAAAGAUGCAUCUAAGGUACCAAGCUGGCUCAGCGUCAGCCGGACUCUGGUGCCAGACUUUGUGGUCAAAGAUCCAAAGAAAUCUCCAGUGUGGGAGAUCAUGGGGGCAGAGUUUACCCAGUCGGAGAGCCAUACAGCAGGGGGGAUAUCCAUCCGGUUCCCAAGGGUCAGUCGAUUCAGAGACGACAAAGACUGGCAUUCGGCAAACAACCUUGACAGACUCCAGGCUCUUUAUAAGAAGUCCAAAGAGACAAGCGACAUACCGGAUCUGAUCUCCAAAAAAACCCCCACCCCAACCAAAAUCACAGCCAGGAUGCACAAGAAGAAAGGCGGGGCCUCCAAAGAAGAAGAGGAGGAGGAGGAGGAGGCGGUGAUAGAGGAUUUUGAGGAUUCUGAUGAAGAUGAAGACAUAAAACCAAGCCCUGCUAAGAAAAUGAAGUUAGAUACUAACGGCAGCGGUACCUCCUCCCAGAGCAAGCCAACUUGUAAGUACGGGGCCCAGUGCUAUCAAACCAACCCCCAACACAAAGCAAAAUUCAGCCACCCUGGUGACACGGAUAGCUCGCCCAGUAAGAAGAUUGCCCCAAGCCCUAGUAAGAUGACUCCAACCAAACCCAGCGCAGCCGCCUCAACAAGUGCCUCUAAACCAAACACGUCUAGCACCCAAAGUCCUAGCAAGGCUCUGCCCAACAUCUUCUCCAACGUUGCCGUCUAUAUGCCGAAGACGACACCAGAUUUCUACAAACUGAAGCGAUACCUGAUUGCAUACGAUGGAGACAUCGUGACAGACUUCAAUCAAGCCAAUGCAACUCAUUUUAUUCAUGACCCACAAGCAGAGGAGCCAACGUCGACGGCUGGCAAAACCAUAGUCACAGCGGACUGGAUCUGGCAAUGCGUGAAACUCAAAAAGUUAUUGCCAACUGCAAAGUUUGCGCCCAAAUAACAAGUCAGCUAACUGGUACAACAAUGUAGGGGUUAAUCUUUCAGAAUUCGGAAGACUUCUCUACUUCCAUGGAGUGGAUGAUGAGGCAAGACAAGUUCUCAAAAGAACAUAAUCUACCCAGCAAGUAGAUAUACACAUGGUGUUAUCGCAAACCAAACUAUUCAUUGACACAUCACUAUGCAAUGUCUCAAGACAUUGACACCUCACUAUGCAAUGUCUCAAGACAUUGACACCUCACUAUGCAAUGUCUCAAGAGUCCCAUAGGGGUACAACAAUGGUAUCAAACAAAAUAGGAUAAUGGACUUUAUUCUUAUGAUUGAAAUUAAUUGGAGGAUAUCUAUGUUUUAAAUGUUAGGAAUAACUUUAAACCAUUGGAAGAUGAAAUAAUAUAUAAAUUCCUGUUUGAAUUUAUCUUUAAGGCGCAAUGAUGCAUUUCACUUAACAAUUUCAUGAAUUUUGAUAUUUUUUAGUAAACUUAAUUUAAAAUGUUUCAUUUCUUAAUUGUAUUUUUUUUUAAAUGUGGAAUAUUUUUUUUCUUACUAUACAAAACAAGUAUUUGUUAUGAAAUUGUACAUUGUAUUCAAGAUGACAUUAGCAGCUUUUUUUCCUAAUGUAGACCAUAGUGGUGUCAUUUUAUUUUAAAAGGUGAUCAUGAAUUAAGUUUCUGCUAAGCUUAAAAUCUUUCCAGCACAAAGCAGUUUUGCUUACCGUGUAUUGUGUUUGUAAUAACUGAUUCUCAGAUUUUGAAGGAUUAGAAAUUUGAGACUUUUAUAUGAGUUCAGAUAGUUUAAGCUUAUGCCUGGUGAAGAAAAUGAAGAUGUACUUUUUCAAAUACAAAGAAAUUCCUUCUCGUGAAAGGGAGGGUAAUUACACCAAAAAUUAAUGACUGAAACAACUUACUGCAUAAGAAACACUGCAGCUGUUGCUAAUGUAUAAGUUUUUUUAAGAAACAAUCCCUAUGAAUGAAGGUUAAAGAGAAAGACAUGCAAAAACAUUUCAAUCUGAGAAACUUUUGUGCAUAAAACAUUUCUCAGAUUGUCUUUUCCAACAACAGAUUGUUCUUCCUGUGUGUACAUAAUGUACAUGUACCUGCUUCAGAAUUUCAGCAAAAUGUCAACAACCCUACCACCUUUUGAAAUGAAAUUUUCACAUGUUAGUUUUAUGGUAAAUAUCUGCAUUUAUGUGUGAUUAAAGCAACCAAAAUGGUUCCACAAACCAAAGGUAUACUUUGCCUUUAAUCCACUUCUCUUGUAAUGCGAGACUUUUGAGACGCUAGUGGCAGCAGACAUAAUGCAGAUCUGAGCAUGCACCCACGUGCUUAAAAUUGUGCACGUUGGUCGGGUACUACUCGCGCAAACUGAAAAAAGAACCAGCCAAGUCCAUCGGGACUCUGUUCCCCAAAAGUUUUUACGAUGCAAGAAAAGAUCUCACGCCUUAGCGUUUUGUGAAGUCCGCUGCAAGGAACUAAAACAAAGCGCAUUGAGAUGUUUUGUGGAAUGCGCUAUAUAAAAACUAGUUAUUAUUCUUAUUAUAAUAAACUCCCAAGUACAAAAGUUUCAACAAUAAGGUUCAAAAGAUAACUCAAUACACACAGUGUUUGUUUUAUAUUCUUUAAUAUAACAAAAAGUUCACUUCCCAUACUUGUUUAUUUGAUAACAAAUUCUGACAAAAAUUUCAUGAAUUUUUCCUUGGUAAGUUCUUGCUUCUUUUUUUAAGUUGCAUUUUUUUACAUUCAUCAUAAUUAUAUAAGCUAGAAAGAAAUAAGCAUUCUCAUAACAACACAAAACUUGGAUCAAACUUUUAUAGUAGUACAGAUCCUUGUUAUGAUUUUACGUAUAGAUCUCUUUACACGGCUCUGUAGGAUAUGACCACCAUUGCAGGCCCAAGUCAUUCAAGAGAUAAAUAUUCACUAUAUGCACAAUAUUGUUAAAGGCACCACAAAGGCCGUAAGCAUCAAUGGUUUGGUACCUCUUACAUAUCAGUUCUAUACUGACUAUAACUUCACUGACUAUCACUGCACAAGGAACCGGAUUUGGAUGUGUCAUGUUGAUGCCCAAUGCACACUAUAAGCAUCUGAAUAAUAAAUUUUAACAGACGAGCGCAACAGCGAUAGUUUAUGAAGAUGCUUUUUUUUCUCUCUCCACGGAAUGGUUCCAGACUGAAAAUGCACGUAAAAACAAUGAUUUUUUUUUUUAAAUAACUGAGAAUAAAUAUUUUACUACCAAUUUCUAAAUGGGCUUUUCUCAUAUGACGGGAAAUUUAACGGCUAGAUUGUUGUUUAAUUGCAUCAAUGGAUUGAUUUUUCAUCUCUAACUUGGAUCUAUGCUUAGGAUCUAUGCGAAGAAUCUCAAGUAAAAAAAUUACUAAAAAUAUUUGCAUCAAGUCUUUCAACCAAUCCGAGACUUAAAGGGUAUACCUUUGGUAAUUACUCCAAAUAUGAAUGAUAAACUGUUGAUAAUGUAUAACAUUUUGAGAACUGAGUCUUUUCAAAUGAGUAAGGCUUUAUAGACAGAUUGAAACAAAAUUUCAAUCCGAGAAACAUUUCUACAAGAGACAUUUCUAAAAUGGUGUAUUCCAAGUAUGUAUAAUUCUUCCCACGUGGACUCAACCGCUUCAGAUUUUUCUGCAAUAUCCCAAAACCACUACUUGCUUUUGAAAUGAAAGUUUCACGGGUUAGUUUUAUUGUAUACAUUAAAACAACAGAACAGUUCCAAAAAACCAAAGGUAUACUUUGCCUCUAAAACCUGCCUUGUCCUAUACUAACCAUCAAUGUUUGCAUCACUUCUCAUUAGGGUAGAAACUACCCCCACAGAUGCGCAACAUCAGAAUAGUUUGUAAAAUUUUAUUUUAAUAGAUACGAAGGGAAUAUUUACUGGACUACAACAGUGACGACCCCACUCUAAAAGAUGGUUUUCUAUGAACUGAUUUAAAUAAACGAAUAAACUUAUUUUGCUCUGUGAUUAUUUCUACAUUUUAACAGUAAAUUCAAAUGCCUAUGGUUAAUAAUGAUGUAACAGGAUGAUAGAGAGCUUAAAACAAAUUAGGGUAAAAAUAUUUGUAAAGAAACCCUGGGGAUUUUGAACUACUUUUUAUGUGUAUGUUACCAUAACAACACA